GACUGUGGCGAGCACACCCAAGGACGUGGCUAUGGAGGAGGUGGAGGUCGUGGAGGCCGUGAUACCUGUGGAUGCCGUGAUACCGGUGGAGAAUGUAGAGAAUGUAGAGAAUGUAGUAGCUAUGGAGGAGGUGGAGGUCGUAGCGCCGCCUGCAAAGCGCGCCAAGAGCGAGACGGCAGGACGCUCCUGUAAGUUCUGCACUAACAAGAAGACCGUGGCCGCCGGUUGCACCAUCCAAGCCUGCAAAAAGUGCUGCUUGGCACGUGAGGACAUAUGUCCUACCCACCCAAAAGAGGUAGAGAAACCAGAGGCUGAGCCUGCCAAGCCAAAGAAGCCCGUACUCAAGAACGAAUUCCGCGAGACCAAUUUCCACUACUACGGCGAGACAGUGACAAUCUUCUGCGUGCGAGACUUUUUUGAGAACAAGAAACUGAGUCAGGGCGUGCUGAAUGAUCAGGAGCGCGCAGAACGUGUGAGCGGCAAGGUCUGGGGUCGGCGCAAGAAGAAAAACGCCGUUGAUCCCAAGAUGAAGCUGCUGAUUCAAUGUGCAUUAGGCAAGAGACCCGCUCCCGAAGGCUAUGGGGCAGACAUACCUGCUCCGGUUGCAGUGGCCGAUGCAUAAAAAGCUCGAUAACCCGCUGUUUCAUUUUUUUAUUUCCAAUUAACCUUUCAUCCAGCACGGCAUGUCAUCUGCUGUGUCGGUCUCGGGGACAGCGUCCUGAACCUC